AUGCUCCGACUACAUCCAACAACCCUCACAAUCACUUCAGCGGAACUCAGAGAUCUUGAUCGGCGUUAUUCACGAAAACAUCGGCUCAAGAAUAGCCCCAAGCCGAAUGCACAUUCACGCUAUACAGAUGCUUCACCACCUAGGGCAGAUGAUGAUGAGUCGACAGAUGUCAACGACGUCCCUACUCCGGCAUCCUCGACUCCCAGCCAAGUAGCUGACGAGGAUGCUGCCUCAAUCGUGGCGCCCCUCCAGUCCGACUCUACACCAUCCCAUACCCCGCCGGGAACAACUACAGAAGAGGAGGAAGAGGAUGACCAAGACGAAGACAAUGCCGCUUUUUCAGACCUGGAUGAUCCAGAAUCAGCGCUCGACUUAACUCCUCGAGCAGAAUCAUCUUCGGGCAAGACACGACAUCUCUCAACAAACCAUAGUGCCCCAGGGCCGCCAGACCUGCCUCCACCAUUCUCGCAGACACCACGAUCAAGAGCCAUCGGUUCAACAGUGACCGUCAACCAAGAAGAUCACUUGCAAGAAUCCCCGCCUCUUCCAUCUCGAGACCUUGGGGGUGUCCAAGAGGACGGGGACGGUUGA